AAUUGUGCUUUGAAUUCACGCUGAAGCUUUCACUACUACUUCCCCUUCAUACUACGUCUUGUCAUACUGAGUUUGCAGGGGGCGGCCUACAAUGGCUCUGCAAGCUAUCAAGACGUUCAGGACCAGGGAACUCUCAGCCGUGCUGAAGACUUUACAACUCUCAGAAACCGCUCCGACUGUCCCCAACCCUUUCCUUCCUCGUCUCAAUCCUGAAAGCGGUCGAUGGGCUCCUGCAAAAUACUCGCUUAGACAGCAGGCAGACCUCAUCAAGCAGGCUAAAGUCAGCAAUACGCUGCAUUUGCUACCACCUGGACCCAAGCUUCCGCCAACUGCGCUUCAGAAGGUUCCACGUCCGGAGUCACUGGAUGCUGAGCCUUGGUCCCAAAACGUAGUAUGGGAGGGUGAGGUUAAGGAGAAGAAGAAGGUUUCCGGGCCAGAGAAUGGCAUCAGAAUGUAUGCAGGCAGGAAGAAGAUGUUCAAGGGACACAAGUGGGAGAGGACUUUGGAGAAGAGAGUGACGAAGCGGAAGUGGUUGAUGCGGGGCAUGAAAGCCCGAAUAUUGCGCUUCAAGACGACGUACAAGCGAAGACGACCGUCGCCACUUGGGCCCGCACGAGUUACCGGAAAACAACCCAAGCUUCCAUACUGAUUGUUUCCUAUCCUAUCGUCACCUAUCUACCUUACAGUCUGUAUCCCUGCUUCUUUUGUCUGGCUGCACGCGUACACAGGCUUUUACUUCAACAAUGUCCGAAAGAGAACACUAGACACCCAACAAGCUGUCUUUUCCCUCAUGCUUUGAUUGUGUUUUAGAAGGCAACAUUCAAAAUUUUGACACAAAUGCCAAUUACUGGGAAUGUAUCCCCAAUGUUUAAAAUGAAGUAAAUAUUGCCAUGCUUGGUUCAUAC